AUGGGAAGGAUUAUUAGAAAUUUAACGAGAACUUCAUUUAAAUCUGAUGUACAUAUUAAUCAUCAUGUUUUCUUAAAUUAUCUAACAAUACGAUCACGUACGAAAAAUCCUAAUAACGUUCGCUCAUUGACAAAUAAAACAACAAUUAUUGAAGAUAAUAAUUAUAAAGGACUUUACUAUCAUCCAACACGUGAUAAAACCGAUUACUUCUUAUCAUUCCUUGCCGAUAAUGACAAAAUCAAUAAAUUUUUUGACAUAACAGUAAUAGGAAGUAUUCCUUUUAAGUCAGAAGUUGCGGAUAAUAACAUACCCCAAAUUAUCCCACAUAAUUUUAAUGAAAAUAAAAAAUUUACACAAAUUCUUCAUCAAGUUAUCGCUGAGAAUGUUUACUCCGAUGUACAGUUACAAGCUUUAGCGAAAUAUCAUCAGAAUGGAUGGCUUCAUGUGGCAGAUGCAAGAGACCCAGCACCUUGGGGACGAAUACCGUACCCCGAAGACAUUUUUGGUAUGAUUCAAGUAAUAGAUGGGAAAAUCGUUCACGGUUCCUAUCAGCCUAUGCCAACCCAUCGUAUAGUUACUGCAAAAGGGCUCUUCGUAUUAAAUGAUCCCUUACAAGAAAAAUUAUUAGAAAAGAUGAAAAAGUUAUGUAUUUAA